AUGGAUGCUCUGACAACCUCUGCAAUGACACAAAAAGACAUUGAUGUAAGUACGGCCUCCUACCUCACAGGCGGGGAGGCAGCGGGCGGUAGCAGCGACGCGGAUGCCGGGCAGCAGGGCUGGGGAGUCGGUGGUAUAGAAAACAGUCUCCCUAUUCGUAUAUUCUACACCAUUAUAGCUUGCCUUGGAAUAACCGGUAACUUCGUGGUCAUCUUCGCUCUGAUCCGUGUCCCAUCCCUACGCAACUGCACCAGUUACUUCAUCAUGCAUCUUGCCUUCUCCGAUCUCGUCACGUCCUUCUGGGUGAUCCCAUUCCAUAUGCUCUCAGUAGAGGCGACAGCCAGCGUGCCGGACGGGUUCGGAGGCGAGCUGCUGUGCCGUGUGUUUUUCAAUAAGUACCCGCUGUGGCUGACGAUAUUUGCCUCGGCGUACAGCAUGCUCUGCGUCACCAUGGAGCGUUUCUUUGCCAUUGUGUACCCUCUCAAGUACAAGUCCCUCUUCACACCGUGUAGAACUGCUCCCAUGAUGGUUUGCUGUUGGCUGGUUGGCGCUGGUUCCAACUGGUUCUUUUUCUACAACUACGAUUAUGUGAGCGGGAAGGGUUGUGUUUUUGUACCGUGGCCUAGCAAAGCCGUCAAUGCCGUUAUUGGGGUGUACAUCUUCGCCGUGGUUUAUUUCAUCCCCAUCACUACGAUGCUGGGGGCACAUUGGAAGAUGAUUAAGGCGUUGAAAAGACAAGCAUCGUUUCUCAAAGGAAAAGCAUCAACCGGGGGUGCGGACAAGAAAAAAGCUUGGCAGCUCGAAGUCGCUCAAGAGCUGAGCCGCAUGCUCCUGGUGGUGGUGCUAACCUACGCGGCAUGUUGGCUUCCAAACCAGGCCAUCUUCCUGGCCUUCAACCUUGGAGCCCCUGUGUCCUUCACGUCUCUCCCGUACCACUUCUCCGUCAUGCUGGCUCUUUGCAACUCCUGCAUCAAUCCUUUCAUCUACACCUACAAGAAUAAACGGUUCCGGGACGGGGUGAGAAUCGCACUUGGGAUGAGGUCAGUGGGUGCCGUUGGUCCGGAGCGAUCGCGGGCGGCCGAAGCGACACCGGCGGGAGAUGUGGCCACUACUACAGCAACAAGGCAAUCAGUGAUAUAG